GACCCAUGUGAGCGACACCUCCUGCAAGAAUCAUUCUCCCCUGCAGAGGAAAAGGCUAUGGAGUGCUGAACGUUUUCACUGUUAUCCCCCUUUCCCCCCAAGCCCCUGUAUUUGUUGUGAUUAGAUUUCUGUAACCUUUUUGGUGGCUAUCGGGCGGUGGAACAAUGUGGAUUCAAAUUCGGACCAUAGACGGAAAGGAGACACGAACCAUUGAGGAUCUUUCCAGGCUGACCAAAAUUGAGUCUCUGAGGCUGAAAAUCCAAGAGAUCUUCAAUGUAAACCCCGGACAACAACGGUUAUUCUAUCGGGGCAAACAGAUGGAAGAUGGCCACACACUGUAUGACUACAACGUGGGUCUGAACGAUAUCGUCCAGCUGCUUAUCCGUUCCCAAGCGGGGGACGCUACAGACAGUCCUCUCAUCUCUCCCUCCGUCAUCUCCCCUGUCGUCAGCCCCAAGGAGUGUGACACAAUGCCCCCCACCACUCCCAACACUACGACUGGUGCAGCUACCACCCCCUCUAAACCUACCACCGUGGCCCCAACACUUACCCCCAAACCCACCACAGUCAACAACAACACAACCACCACUGGCAACACCAGUACUACCACCAACAUCAGUACAACUACCAGUAAGAAAACGAUUAACACCAGCGAUCCCAAUAACAACGCAGACGAGUCUUCUUCUGGUCCACCGCUGGAGAAGCACGACAACCAGCCAUCAACCUCUGCACGUCCCUUCCUCAUAGACGCGGGAAUUGGGGUGUUCAAGAUAAACGAGUUGGUGGACUGCAGGGACAUAAGCAUCGGUGCCUGGUUUGAAGCCUGCAUUGACAACGUGUCACGCAGCCCAAAGGGACAGAACAGCACCAGUAAAGCUCCUACAGCAGGGAAGGUUGGCAGGCCUAGCAAAAGGACUAACGGCAAGCUUGAGACAGAGCCGGGCCAAGGCCAAAGCCACCUCUCCUCCUCAGACAAUAAUAAUGGGAAUAAUUGUUCUGUGUUGAACUCUGCCAGUAUUGGGCCAGGGGCUGGGCCCUCCACCUCUCAAACAGACUCUACUGCCACAGACAAAGAGAAGGAGGAUGUGACGUACCACAUCAGAUAUGAUGAUUACCCUGAGAACGGCGUGGUGGAGAUGUGUGGCGGUAACGUGCGGCCGCGUGCUCGGACCCUACUCAGGUGGGACCAGCUCACGGUAGGCCUGGUUGUCAUGGUGAACUACAACAUAGAGAUCCCUGAGGAGAGGGGCUUCUGGUUCGAUGCUGAGAUUACAGCACUCAAUGAGAUCUCCAGGACCAACAAGGAGGUCCGCAUCAGAAUCCUGCUGGGAGGGCCAGGGGACGUCAUCCCAGACUGUAAACUGUUGUUUCUGGAUGAGAUCUAUCAGAUUGAGAAGACUGGAGCACACUCGCUGUCUGCUGUAGAUGGACAGUUCAAACGCAAGAGCGGGCCGGAGUGUAAGCACUGCAAGACGGACCCCGAGUCGGAGUGCAGGUUCUGCUCGUGCUGCGUGUGUGGAGGGAAGCAGGAUGCCCAUAUGCAGCUGCUGUGUGAUGAGUGUAACAUGGCCUUCCAUAUAUACUGUCUCAACCCACCGCUAGCCACCAUACCUGACGACGAGGACUGGUACUGUCCCACCUGUAAGAACGACACCAGUGAGGUGGUUAAGGCCGGGGAGAAGCUGAAGGCCAGUAAGAAGAAAGCCAAGAUGCCCUCGGCUCAUACAGAGAGCCAGAGGGACUGGGGCAAGGGUAUGGCCUGUGUGGGGCGCACUAAGGAAUGUACCAUCGUCCCCUCCAACCAUUACGGGCCCGUACCUGGGGUUCCCGUGGGAACGACAUGGAAGUUCCGCGUUCAGGUGAGCGAGGCGGGAGUGCACAGGCCCCACGUGGGAGGUAUCCACGGCCGCAGUAACGAUGGCUCCUAUUCGCUGGUGCUGGCUGGGGGCUUCGAAGAUGAAGUGGACAGGGGAGAUGAGUUCACCUACACAGGCAGCGGGGGUCGCGACCUUUCAGGGAACAAGCGCAUCGGGGAGCAUUCCUUUGACCAGACCCUGACCCACUACAACAGGGCCCUGGCGCUGAACUGUGACGCCCCCAUCAAUGACAAGGAUGGGGCGGAAUCCAGGAAUUGGCGUGCGGGGAAGCCGGUGAGGGUGGUGCGGAGCUCCAAGGGUCGACGCAUCAGCAAGUACGCUCCGGAGGAGGGCAACAGAUACGAUGGCAUCUACAAGGUGGUGAAGUACUGGCCAGAGAAAGGGAAGUGUGGUUUCCUGGUGUGGAGGUACUUGCUGCGAAGGGAUGACCUGGAGCCUGCUCCCUGGACACCUGAGGGGCUGGCGCGCAUCCAGACACUGGGCCUGGCUGUGCAGUAUCCUCCAGGCUACGUGGAGGCCAUGGCCAACAAGACCAAGAAGGAGGCUAAUGCUCGUCCAGGGUCCACCAGGAGCAAGAAGCACCCUGGACGGGGCCGGCCGCGGCUACAACCUCUGAAGAAGGUGAAGGAGGAGGAGGAUGAAGAGGAGGAGGAAGAGAAGCCCAUGGAGGGUACAGACCAGUCACAGAGUAACGGCAGUCAGGAGACAGAGGUGUGUAAGGAAUCGACGGAGCCCCGAGCCAAGCGUCAGAAGAUGGAGGAGUCGUUCCAGCUGACAGAGCAGCAGCAAAGCCUCAUAAAGGAAGACCAGCCCAACAGAAAGAACUGGGACGAGGCCAUGGGACACCUCAAGGAGGGGCCGAACUUCCUGAGGAAGGUGGAACAGACGUUUAUGUGUGUCUGCUGCCAGGAGCUGGUCUACCAGCCCAUCACCACAGUCUGUACACACAACGUGUGCAAGACCUGUCUCCAGCGGUCGUUCCGUGCUGAGGUGUAUACCUGCCCUGCCUGUCGCCACGACCUGGGGAAGGAUUACGUCAUGGUCCUAAACAAGACUCUACAGCUGCUGCUGGACCAGUUCUUUCCUGGCUAUAGCAAGGGCCGAUGAGGACAAGACACCUGCACUUACCCAAACAGUUACACACAGACCCAUGAUGCAUACAAACAAACAUAGGCAUACACACUUAGUCAUACAUUGGUACAUAGUAUACACACACCCUCCAUCUCCUAGGCAGCAGGGACUGACCCCACCUGUUGGACUUGGACUGUCUCCAUUUACGUCACCAGCCUGAAGUCAUCCAAGCCCCAGGAGAGCCUGGAGCACCAUGCCCCUACACCCCCAAUGGGUUCUCAUCCCUGGGUACCAACACCCCCUGACCCCCCCCCCCCCCCCCCUCCAAUGAGUUCCCUCCCUCCCUAGCCUUCCACGUCCACAGAACUCAUCAGUUCAUCGCCAUCUACCUGUCCAUGUGAGGAACAGCCAGAGAGGAUGCUAAUGCUAACCAUAGCCAUGUAGAGAAUAUGUCUCUGAUGCUAACGCUACUUAGCCUCCAAUGGGAGGGUGCCCGAGGUCAGCAGCACCUACAGGGGUCAGGGAUUACCACCUAGGAGAGAGGGUUGAUGGGAAAUGUAGUGUACAAUGUGAAAGGUUAUUUCUUUAUUACUGGUCCAUUUGAACUUUAGACACAAAUGGCUUCAUUCUUUUAAAGGCCCUGUGCAGUCAAAACUAGAUUUUCUUGUUUUAUAUAUAUUUCCACACUGAGGUUGUAAUAAUACUGUGAAAUUGUGAAAUUUAUGAUAAUGCCCUUUUAAUUUAAGAGCUGUUUGAAAAGACUGCCU